GUCCUCUCCUCCCCACAGGCUCUGCAGCACCUCCUGCCACAGCUCCUGGUGACAGAACCCGGUGACAGGAGGGACAGUGACAUCGUGCUGCCAGCUGCAGGGCCCACCAUGGCUGUGAACAAGACAGGUGGCUGCUCACUGACAAACAGAGCCCUACAAAAGUAUUAUCUUCCCACCAUGUACAGCCUCGAGUUCAUUUUAGGCUUCACUGGAAACAUCAUUGUUGUGUUUGGCUAUAUUUUCUGCCUGAAAAACUGGAAAAGUGGCAACAUCUACCUGUUCAAUUUAUCCUUAUCCGAUUUACUGUUUCUCUGCACUCUUCCAAUGCUCGUGAACAGCUACUCCAGAGAUCAGUGGGAAAUGGGGAGCUUCUUGUGCAACAGCAACAGGUACCUGCUGCACGCAAACCUCUACAGCAGCAUCCUCUUCCUCACAGCCAUCAGCAUCGACAGGUACAUGCUCAUCAGGUACCCCUUCAGAGAACAUUUCCUACAGAAGAAGAAAACAGCCCUUCUCGUGUCUGCUGCCAUUUGGAUCGGGGUCAUCCUGGAGCUGCUGCCCCUGGUGUAUUUCCUGGAGCCCAUAACUAGUGACAAUAACUACAGCUGCCUUGAUUACGCAAGCUCUGGAGACCCUGCCCAAAGCCUCAUCUACAGCCUGUUCCUGACUGCCUUCGGCUUCCUCCUCCCUCUCGUGGUCAUGUGCUGCUUCUACCUGAAGGUGCUGCUCUUCCUCACCGGCAGGAGGGAGCAGCUCAGCUCGCACCUGAUGCUGGGCAGGCCCCUCACCCUGGUUGUCCUCACCAUAGUCAUCUUCUCACUGCUCUUCACUCCCUAUCACGUCAUGCGCAACGUCCGCCUGGCCUCCCGAAUCCCAGCCCUGAACGUGUCCCACCGCACCCGGGGCAUCAUCAACACCACCUACAUCAUCACCCGGCCCAUCGCCUUCCUCAACAGUGCCAUCAACCCUGUCUUUUAUUUCCUGAUGGGUGACCACUUCAGGGAGAUGCUGAUGGGAAAAACGAGGCAGAUCUUGAGCAGGCUGGCGGGGACCACCAGGCAGUGAGCAAACCAGACCUGGGAGAUGGGGUGGGAAUCUCCUAGAGAGAGCUCUCCCCGGUGUCACCUGCUUUUUUUAGGUAACUUUAUGCCAUAGAAUAUGCAUGAGCUGGCUGUGUUCCUCUAAAAGCACCUCUUACCUUGGUCUGCAGGAGGCCUCCUGCUACCCUGCCUCCAGCACUCCAGCAGUGAUGUUCUGGACACUGUGGUCCCACAGGAGGAUGCACCAGGGCCUGGUAAUGCUGUCAGUAACAGAGCACUAUGGUAAUUCUUGGAGGGAAAUAGGCAGCUCUCCAGCAGCUUCUUUGGGAGCUGUAACUUAAUGCUGGACUGGCCCUAGGCUUGGAUAAAUGUGCCAGGGCUCCCCUGGUCACCCCAGGCCAGGGAUGGGAGUUGUGUCUUCCUUAGGGAAGUGUUUGCAGACUCAGUCUGGGGAGGUUUGCCUUCCAGAAUCACUAACCAGGAUGGUUUCCAUCUCCAGCUGCCGUGAGGAGGGUCUGUGAGCAGCUGGUGAGAUGCUGGCAGUGCUGCAGGGAGAGGCUGGUGUUGUGUGUGUAUUUUUGUGGGUGGGUUUGGCUGCUGCUCUUACAAGAGUUUCUGUGUGGCAGCACAGAAGCACUGCUCAGGUGUGGGUGCAGCCACACAUCUCCUCCACUCCUUGUUUUUAAAUCUGGAUUCAGCUCGUGGGAGUAAAAUUAAGAAAAUCUAUUGGUCUAGUUCUUAACUGAGAUUUGCCUUCAUGUCCCC